ACACUUUUCAGAGAAGAAAAUCGCAUCUCUCAGCAAAGCAGCAGCAGCAGCAGCAGUGAGUUCGCAUUCGACGUCUUCGCCUGGAAGAAAAGUUUUGUCACCGAAGGAAAAUCGUCGUCCCACGGAAAACCCACUUUAUCCUACUAAAUAUAACCAACCGAAGGAACGAUGCCAGGAUUCAUGUUCAACAUCGACGGUGGCUAUCUGGAGGGCCUCUGCCGUGGGUUCAAGUGCGGAAUCCUCAAGCAGGCCGACUACCUCAAUCUGGUCCAGUGCGAAACGCUCGAAGAUUUGAAAUUGCACCUGCAGGGAACCGACUACGGUCAGUUCCUGGCCAACGAGCCCUCCCCGUUGGCGGUUUCCGUGAUCGACGACAAGCUGCGCGAAAAGCUUGUGAUCGAAUUCCAGCACAUGCGCAACCACGCGGUGGAGCCCCUGUCCACUUUCCUGGACUUCAUCACCUACAGCUACAUGAUCGACAACAUCAUCCUGCUGAUCACCGGUACCCUGCACCAGCGCCCGAUCUCGGAGCUGAUCCCCAAGUGCCACCCGCUGGGAAGCUUCGAACAGAUGGAGGCCAUCCAUGUGGCCGCCACCCCGGCCGAGCUGUAUAACGCCGUUCUGGUCGACACGCCGUUGGCUCCGUUCUUCGUCGAUUGCAUCUCCGAGCAGGAUCUGGAUGAGAUGAACAUCGAAAUCAUCCGUAACACGCUGUACAAGGCCUACCUGGAGGCGUUCUACGAGUUCUGCAAGAACAUCGGUGGUACCACCGCCGACGUAAUGUGCGAGAUCUUGGCGUUCGAAGCCGAUCGUCGCGCCAUCAUUAUCACGAUCAACUCGUUCGGCACCGAGCUGUCCAAGGACGAUCGCGCCAAGCUGUACCCCCGCUGCGGCCGCAUGUACCCGGAUGGACUGGCUGCUUUGGCCCGUGCUGACGACUACGAACAGGUCAAGGCCGUAGCCGAGUACUACGCCGAGUACGCCGCUCUGUUCGACGGAUCGGGCAAUAACCCCGGCGACAAGACCCUGGAGGACAAGUUCUACGAGCACGAAGUCAAGCUGAACGUGUACGCCUUUAUGCAGCAGUUCCACUUUGGUGUGUUCUACUCGUAUCUGAAGCUGAAGGAACAGGAAUGCCGUAACAUUGUUUGGAUUGCCGAGUGCGUGGCCCAGAAGCACCGUGCCAAGAUCGACAACUAUAUUCCGAUUUUUUAAAUUGAGUUUAUGCUUAAGCACCCCCACUUAACAGCAAGGAUAAAGUUUGAACACACAUUCCUCCAUCUACUUGUUGAUAUCAUCCGCCGGAAGGUAGUAGAAAAAAGGAUUACGUUCGCCGAAAGUAUUGUUUCCUCGUUCUGAAUUAUAGUUUGGAAUAAUUUCACCCAUUGAGGAAUGAUUUACCUACUGAAAUGUGUCGAACGAGUAUAUUUUCUGCACAUUUACUAGUUCUAGAAAGAUGCCGUUUCUGUUAUUUGUUUUAUACUGCUUUUGAACUUUAUCGAAAUUUAUUUUACUUGUGCUUUUGAUUCACCGGUAUGAUUCUGUACAAUAUAUGUCGAUAAGAUAAUAAAAUUACCCUGUAUUAUAAAUAUAUAAAGAUCACCCUAAAUCGAUAAACCUAAUCACUUUAAUGUAAAAUGGUGAAAUAUAUAGAAUGUUUAGAUGCCCCGG